UGUGUAACCAUUUGUGUUGUUCUUGCUGGCUGCCGACACCUCCUACCUUGCUUGGUAAGAACAUGUAAGAACUUGAAUGGACAAGUGUGAGUGAACAUAUAGUGUUCCACCACCUAUUUCCUUUAGUUGGUAGGCAACUUCUUGUGACUUUGUUUGCUGCAAGCUAACCAUGGCAGGUGCAGGGAGUGAGGAUGAGGAUGGUGGAGGCCUGCUUACACCUCGCACCAAAGGCAUCGUACAGCAUUUUCAAAAGCAAGUGAGGGAGUACACCUUGGGAAUUGAUAAUGAUUUGCAGGUGAUAAAUGAGAAGAUUGGGCAAAUGGAGGCCGCACAGAUUUCCAACAACACCAAGCUUGCAGGUUUGGAGACGACGGUUGCUCGCGUGGACAAGAGUCUCGCUGCUCUUCUAAGGCGCUUUGAUGAGCUCCACGCGAAGAUGAAUGAUCAGCAUAGAGGACGUGGCCAAGAGAAUGAUGACGGCGCAGAAAAUUCAGGUGCUGAUUAUGCUGCUGACACCGAAGUUGAGGAUCAAGCCCAGCGACGUCUACGUCGUAACCGUCGAGGUAUGGGUGGACAGCGUCCACAUGAGGUACAUAACAAUGACAUUGCUUUUAGUAAGAUAAAAUUUAAGAUACCCUCUUUUGAUGGUAAAUAUGAUCCGGAUGCUUAUCUUACUUGGGAGAUGGCUGUUGAACAAAAGUUUACUUGUCAUGAUUUUCCUGAAAAUGCAUGUGUUAGGGCUGCAACUAGUGAAUUCACUGAUUUUGCUUCCGUUUGGUGGAUAGAACAUGGCAAGAAAAAUCCUAAUAACAUGCCACAAACUUGGGAUGCUUUGAAACGGAUCAUGAGGGCUAGAUUUGUUCCAUCUUACUAUGCACGUGAUCUUUUAAACCAGCUGCAGCAGUUAAAACAAGGUACUAAAAGUGUAGAAGAAUACUAUCAAGAGCUGCAAAUGGGCAUGCUACGCUGCAAUUUAGAGGAGGAUGUGGAACCUGCUAUGGCUAGAUUUUUGGGCGGGUUAAACCGGGAAAUUCAGGACAUCCUUGCUUAUAAAGAGUACACUAACAUAACCCGUUUGUUCCAUCCUGCUUGCAAAGCUGAAAGGGAAGUGCAGGGACGACGUGCAAGUACCAGGACUAACAUUUCUGCAGGGAGGAAUUUUUCCACACAGCCCCGCUCAAGCAUUCCAUCAACUGGACGUGCUGCUGCACCUUAUUCAUCGUCAGCUCGAAUAGCAGCCCCACCUUCUAGCGACAAGCCUCGUGACAACCCUGCAAAUUCAGCAGCAAAGACAACGCAAAAACCUGCUGCAACCACUUCAUCGGUGGCAUCCACAGGUAGAACAAGAGAUGUUCAGUGCCACCGCUGCAAGGGAUUUGGACAUGUCAUGCGUGACUGCCCAAGCAAGCGUGUUUUGGUGGUCAAAAAUGAUGGUGAGUACUCAUCUACUAGUGAACUUGAAGAAGAUAUACUUGCAUUGCUUGCGGCUGACCAUGCAGGAAGUGAGGGCUGCUCGGAAGAACAUAUUAAUGCAGCUGAAGCCGACCGCUAUGAGAGCCUAAUUGUGCAGCGUGUGCUGAGCGCACAAAUGGAAAAAGCGGAGCAAAAUCAGCGGCACACAUUAUUCCAAACAAAGUAG